AUCCGACCAAAAUGCCGGAGAUUCUCCGGCGAUAACAAGCGUAGGCCUCCUUUAGCGACUUCAUCAAACAGUCCUCUUGUUUCAUCAUCGACGAGCAUAGAAACUGGUGAAUCAUCACAGAGCUUCUGUGAGAUUUGUGCGGAAACGAAAGUAAGUGAUGAUAUAUUCAAAAUACAGAAAUGUAGUCACUCCUUUUGUACUGAUUGCAUAAGCAAACAUGUGGUGUGCAAGAUCCAAGACAACAAGUUAUUGUGCAGUGCCCAGGAUUGUAUUGCAAAAGUGUCCUUGAACUCGAUUCUUGCAGGUGGGAUUGUUUAA